UACCUCCAGUUUCCUCAUCUCCUCCGCAGGGGACACAUCAGGGGCUUAAACGCCCAUGAAACCAUCCUUACUCAGUGUCCUUUCAAGCCCCUACUUAAAAGAAGCUCAAGUGCAGGGAAAAGACACACCAUGGUUCCACAUACUGUUUUCGCCUCGCUGAGCGUCUUGUCAUUAUUCAUUGUAUUCAGUUCGACCGCCAAUUCAACCUUGUCUACUAACACAUCGUAAGAAGUAGUUGUCGCACCGAGGUUCAAAUAAGCACGUUUUUGCUGUAAUUCAAAGUAUUAUUUUCCCAGGAAACAAUGCCUGACUCAGGAAUGCGUGCUCAUGGGCGACAGCAGAUUACCUACUCACACACCUCGUCUUUAGAACUUCGAAGCCUCAUAUGACGUCAUCCGUGGUGAAGCUUAGAACUCAUAUCGUUCUUUUGAUUUUGGAAUGAAUGUCUCCCACGCCUGCGUCUCCGGGAUCAGGAUGACCCCGCGCGGCGCUGUCCGUGAGGAGGUGCCGGGUGGCUCAGUCCUGUUUGACUGCCGCGGGAGGUGGGUGUCUCGCUCCGGCUGUGGCUCCCGAGGACUGUUGCUGCUGCUCGUACAGCCGCCGGUGUGUGACCACCUUAUGACCUGGAUCACUUUACAAAGUUGUAAAAAUGGUCAGAAAAACUCAGUUUUGCAAGAGCACGUUUAAGUGAGAGAAGUUAUCUGAACACGACACAAAAAGAAGGAAAAGUGACGUAGAGAAUAUUCAAUGAAUUCAAUGAAAUACACAGAAUGAGUUAAUAGAGCAGCCUCGCAGUCCUUCAUGGAUCAGCCAUUGUGAAGUUCUAAGACAGUAAGUGGACAGCCUACCGAGUACCGGCAGUCCUUGUGAUCGUGAGUGGUGGAGGGAGGGUGGCUGCCAGGACCGCAGUACAAUUUUACUCAUGACCAUUCCGAGGGUAUGUGGCGAUCACGAACACUGACAAGACAGCGCGGGACGCCUGCCUCUUGACGCCUGGACAUUGUCGUCUUCCACUUUACGCGCACCACCACCCGCAGGCCGGCUAUUAUUCCCCUUCUCCCUCCUUCCUAUGCUCCUUCUACACGUCCCAGAGCGACCCUAGGGCCUUGGUACGCUCCCAAGACAGACGGGCUGGUCUCCUCCUACCUUAUGGAGAAACGGCUGCUCCUCCGCAUAACUCAGACGCCGGUGCCGCCCCGUCGCGUCUGACCCGCGGCCGGCACAUCCGGGCACCGCCGCCCACCACAUCUGGCUGGAGGCCUGUCCCCCCCACAAUGCGUCGCCCAGUGUGCCCAUGAUGGCUCCAACACAAGUGACGACGCGCUCCCCGCCCCUUCUCCUCCGCCUGCUGUUGUUGGCGGCCCUGUGUCUCCCCCGCAACCGCCUCCCAACCCAGCGAAGAACCGAUCAGGACCACCCAGGAACCUGUCCUUGUGACGGCGUCGCCUUCCCCGGGGCCGUCGUCCACAACAACAACAAUAACGUCAGCUCAGAACCUGUCCACCACAACCCCAACCACCGAGGCCCCCACGCCGGUGGUGGAGGAAGUGGCGGCACCCAUCCUCGGAGCCACCGCCAGAAACAACAGCAUGAUCAACAUCACGGCACAGCUAGGCUCGUCUGUGUUCCUGCCGUGCGUCACUCACCACUCCAUGGAGCGACAGGUGUCGUGGGUGAGGCGGCGGGACUGGCACAUCCUCACCUCGGGCCUCCUGACCUACACGAAGGAGGGCCGCUUCACCAUGCACCACUCGGAGGGCAGCACCAAGUGGACUCUCGCCAUUAAAUACCUCAAGCUGGAGGACGAGGGAGUCUACGAGUGUCAGAUCUCCACGGGGGGCGGAGUGGUGGCCCAACUGGUGAACCUGACGGUAGUGGAGCCUCGAGCAGUCAUUCCAGGAAGUGGGGAGCACCACGUUCAGUCUGGCUCCACCAUCUCCCUCGUCUGCUACAUCGAACAGGCCCCUGCCCGCCCCCAGAGCCCAGUGGCGCCGCAGUACAUCUUCUGGUACCACAACUCCCGUAUGAUCAACUACGACCGGGAGCGUGGCGGUGUCAGGGUGAACAUCGAGACCGGCCAGAAUGUAAGAUCGCACCUGAGUGUGACCAAAGCCACUCCCGCAGAUUCCGGCAACUACACGUGUGCCGCCGCCAACACCAGGGCCGCCUCCAUCACCGUCUAUGUGACGGAAGAUAAUCAAAUCGCAGCCAUCCAGCCCUAUGCAGUGGACGCCGCCGGAUUCCUACACCCUUGCUUGGCUCUCCUGAUGGUGAUGGCGGUGGUGGCCGAGGUGGUCUGCCACUCCAUCCACUGACCCACCCACUGGUCUGCUCGCCUGCCUUGCCAAAAAGGAUUCAAUGGCGGAAGAAUAAUGUUUUGACUUUCGCAACUGAAAGCGGCGGGAAAGGAAGCACCCAAGUGUAAUUUGUAGGCGAGGAGGUCGGCCCAGAGCGGCUUUCAGCCUCUACCUCAACAUAUUGUGCUGAGAAAACUGUCUUUUGUUCUCUUUCAUCGUGGUGUCAACGAAAACACCAACAGUGACGGCGGCAGGCGCCUCAGUAAUGGCGCCUGUCGCACGUGAUGGAUGCCAUGCUGUCCGUGUAAACUUUUCCCUAGUGUCUCUUUCCCGGGAACACUCCAGGCGUUCAUAACGUUGGUGUUGAGAAGUGUACUCGAUGCAUUGUACAAUUGAACUUACUGACGCAGGAAUGAAAACAAAAAACAGAGGAGAAAAAAUUAAAAUAGAAAAAGAUACAAUAAUGUGUGUGUGUGUGUGUGUGUGUGUGUGUGUGUGUGUGUGUGUGUGUGUGUCUUUAACAAAAAAAGAAAAAAAAACUGUACGUUCGGCGUCAGUGACCUCAGUAUGGUGUGAGUUUUAAAUGUGGUGCCGAAGAAAAUCAGUCGAGUGCAAGGAACCGGUGAGUGGGCAGGAGGUGAGGGAGACAGCGAGGUGAGGCGAUCGACGCGUCACUAUGGUAACGUGGUGACCUACGUGCCUGGCAGUGGCCGAAGAUACAGACUUUAAUAAAUAAAGCGAAAGGUAAGCGACAAAACAUAAGAGCUUAGAGAUGAGAUGCCUCGUUUUGCGUACUAGAAAAUAAUGGAGAGGCUUUGAACAAUACCUUCAGGAAUGAAUGGAAACGAAUAUACGACGUAAGUGAGAAGGGAAUUCGAGGAUUUUAAUAAAACGUGUGUGUGUGUGUGUGUGUGUGUGUGUGUGUGUGUGUGUGUGUGUGUGUGAGCUCAUGCCAAUGUGAAACGAGCAAAAUGGUUAGUCUUUGUACUUUCCUUCAUAAGAAUCUUAAAAUUAGAACCGUACUUUUAAAAUGUCGGGACUGUAACGUCAGAAUGUGCUGCAGUGAGUGAGAUGCAAGUGUGAUGAGUGAUCCACGGAACACUCUGGGAGAGGACCCUGCAGUAUGGUGAGCAGAUAAGUUGAUGGUCUACGAACAGUUAUGUUGUUUACAGGACAGGAAGAAGAGGAGGAGGGACAAGUGAUGCAAAAGAUAGGUGUUCUGAUGGAGCUUCAGUUCAUUUUGCAGUAAAAUGCAACACAGAUUUGUGAAAGCUUUUACUUUCCAAGAGCACCUGCUCCCCCUCUCAUUUUUUUUUCUCUUUUGUUGUUGUUGGUUCCAAGAAGAGUCCCCAGCCCCACCACAACACAGUGAGUUUCCUCCUGGCGCAGCAGGAAUGACAGUGAUAGAAAGACGUUCGUCUCUAUGUGCGCUGUGGCACCUCCCGCUUGCCCCAAGACUCACACCACUCCACAUUUCACAUACGAAAACUGCGUUCUCUUUUCAACAGGUACUUCCUUUCUUAAAGAGGUGGACACCUUGAAGGACAGGGGUCUCGUACCAAGCGGAGUCGAGACAAGAUACGUGAGGCAGAUGAUCUAAACUUUUAAACUAAUGGAUCGGAUUUACGUGACAUUGGUAAUGUACCAAAAAAUAAAGUCCAUUUGAAAACGUUAAUUGAAAAAAAAACAGGAUCAAAUUCGAAUGAGAGUAAAGCAAAUUACAAAUCGCUAUAUUUAUAAAAGCGCCAUGUAACAAAGUUAUACUAUGAUCACCAAAUACACUUUUUUUUAUUUUCACUACAGUUAUCAGUGUUUUGUAUCAUACGAGAUAAUGGCGUUAUGGUAGUGAUUUGUAUUUCAAAUAAAUUAACUGGGAAUAGUAGAGUGGUGGGAGUGAUAAGGGUGAUCAUGGCAAUGGUGUGUGUGUGUGUGUGUGUGUGUGUGUGUGUGUGUGUGUGUGUGUGUGUGUGUGUGUGUGUGUGUGUGUGUGUGUGACAGAGACGGGAAAAAUAAACAUACAUAUUAAUAUAUGGUAUAAGUACUGAGAAAGAGAGAAGAGGAUGAACUGCUUAAACAGUUCUGGAACGAAAGAAGACACUGUCGUGUUCCUCCCUCAGUGUCUUCGGUCUGUAUUCCUUCUCACCACAGCCCUCACUAGAUGAUUAUAUAAAGAAAAGUAAAGAACUGAUAAGCAAGUGGCCGUUUCAGUUUAGGUGUAAGUGGGAUAUUUGUAACGUUAAGGUAGUGUGUGCGCGUGUGCCCGACAGGCUGUAAGUGGUUUUCAUUAAGGUUUCUCACUGGGUGUUUUGUUUCGCACUCGAGCAGUUACUGCACGUUCAUCGUUUGCUCUUUGUUCUCGGAGGUACUACAAUUAGGCAUUUUUUCCUGUACGCACAUGUACUCCACACAAACUCGUACAAAACUUACACACGAACUUUAACUGUACAUAACGCACAUUUCACAUACACAGACACACAGACAUCCAUGUACAUAAUGUGAAUGCUUACUGUGUGAAGACCACCACCGCGGUGGAUGGUGUCCCGCCCAAAGCUCCACACCAGGUGGCCGCCACAGCAGUGUUUCCGGCAGUAGCGGCCUCCCCUUCCCGCACCAACGCUUGGGACUCCACAUGAAAAGAACUGAAGAAAAAUGGUACAUCUGUCGUGUUCUCGAAAAUUAAGAGAUGUAAUAUUUUGUUUCUUCGCUGCCUGGGGAACGUGAGAAAUUAGUACCUUCCCCACCUUCAUGAGACCGAUCUCUCUCUCUCUCUCUCUCUCUCUCUCUCUCUCUCUCUCUCUCUCUCUCUCUCUCUCUCUCUCUCUCUCUCUCUCUCUCUC